AUGAUAUCAAGAUUUCUAACCUCAAGACGGGUUUAUUCAAACCUUUACUCAAUCAAAAACCAUAGAACAAAUUCAACUAACAGUCAAGAUGCUCAAACGUUUAUCGAAAAGGUCGUACAACGUUAUGCGGUAGAUGUACCGGGAAACAAAAAAAUUAGAGCUGGUGAUUAUGUGAUGCUUAAGCCUGAACAUGUGAUGACACAUGAUAACACAGCUCCAGUGAUAUCAAAGUUUCGAUCGAUUGGUGCAUCUAAACCUUCAAACCCACGUCAAUUAGUCUUUACAAUCGAUCAUGACGUUCAAAACAAAUCACCUACCAAUCUUAAAAAAUAUUCAAAUAUCGAACAAUUCGCUCAUCUUCAUGAUAUUGAUUUUUAUCCUCCUGGACGUGGUAUUGGACAUCAAAUCAUGAUCGAGGAAGGUUACGCUUUCCCCGGUGGACUUAUGGUCGCUUCCGACUCUCAUAGUAAUAUGUAUGGUGGAGUAGGAUGUGUAGGCACUCCAAUUGUCAGAACUGAUGCAGCAGCAAUUUGGGCAACUGAAAGGACAUGGUGGCAAGUACCUGAAAUCAUCAAAGUCGAAUUCACAGGAAAGUUACCUAAAGGAAUCGUAGGAAAAGAUGUGAUAGUAGCUCUAUGUGGAUAUUUCAAUAAAGACGACGUUUUGAAUUCAGCGAUUGAAUUUGUGGGAGAAGGUGUUGAAUCUUUAGCCAUUGAUGAACGACUAGCGAUAUCCAAUAUGACCACCGAGUGGGGUGCCUUGGCAGGCGUGUUUCCCAUCGAUAACAAAUUGAUUGAUUAUUAUCAAGCUUUACUGAAGAAACGAGAAUUAUCAACUUUUAUCAAGAGUAACUCGAUCCCCCCACCUGGUACUGUACAUCCAAGAUUAAAUGAAACUCGAGUCAACAAAUUACGAGAACUUUCGAACGAGUUGAAGCCAGAUUCGGAUGCUUAUUAUUCAAAGACACUCACUCUUGAUCUCAACACUCUCGUCCCACACGUCUCUGGACCUAACUCCGUUAAAGUUUCAACUCCAUUACCAACUUUAGAAUCUCAAGAUAUCAAGAUCAACAAAGCUUAUCUCUUGUCUUGUACGAACGCAAGAGCUUCGGAUCUUAAAGCUGCUGCUGAAGUUAUGAAGGGGAAAAGGGUAGCGCCAGGCGUUGAGUUUUACGUAGCAGCUGCUUCGUCUGUGGUACAAUCAGAAGCAGAAUCGACCGGUGAUUGGGCUACUCUGGUCGAAGCAGGUGCGAAGAUCUUACCAGCGGGUUGUGGUCCAUGUAUCGGUUUAGGAGUGGGAUUGUUACAAGAUGGAGAAGUAGGCAUAAGUGCUACCAAUCGAAACUAUAAGGGUCGUAUGGGUAGUCCCAAUGCUUUGGCAUACCUUUCGAGUCCGGCUGUAGCAGCAGCGAGUGCGAUUGCUGGUAAGAUCUGUGGACCAGAAGCUCUAAAUAAUUCAAAUGGACAAAAUCCUGUUACUGCUCGAGCACCACUUAUAACAACUGUUCAGCAUACUAAGCCAACUAAGACUGUGGAUUCGACUACUGAUACGAAAUCAUCGACUUCUGGCGACCAACUAUUGCCGUCUUUCCCUUCGACGUUUUCUGGACCGUUGUUAUUUGCACCUCAUGAUAAUAUCAACACCGAUGGUAUCUAUCCCGGAAAAUAUACAUACCAAGAUGACAUCACUCCAUCUCAACAAGCAGAAGUCGUGAUGGAAAACUAUAAUCCUACCUUCGCAAGCACCGUUUCUGAACUUUUCCCAAUCACACCUACUACAACUCCAGUACCCACCCAUACGACCCAAAGAGCUCAACAAAGUACUCAAACAGGAAAAGGAGUGAUCUUAGCCUCAUGUUAUAAUUUUGGAACAGGUUCAUCUAGAGAACAAGCCGCAACCGCCUUAAAACAUGCAGGAAUUCCUGUAGUGAUUGCAGGUAGUUUUGGAGAUAUCUUUAAAAGGAAUUCCAUCAAUAAUGGAUUGAUUUGUUUAGAAUGUCCAGAAUUGAUUGAAGAUUUAAAGAAAACAUCAAGUGAAUCGAUCAAAACGGGUUGGGAACUUGUUUUUGAAUCUAGAACUGGUCGGAUUCUGAUUAAGAAAGAUGGACAAGAAAAGGUUUAUUGGACUAAGGCGGCUGUGGGUCAAUCUGUUCAAGAGAUAUUUUUGGCUGGUGGGUUGGAGGGAUGGGUCCGAGAACGGAUUUAG